AUGACGGCGGUGCUGGCGACGCCCCGCGAACAGGCUUCGCAACAAUUCGCUCGCGACUCCCUACGGUCGCCUACUGCGCAGCACUACUACCUGGGAGACCACGGCAUCUUAUCCAAGUCACCGAUGCAAGAUGAGUACUCGGCUCGGGAGUGCCCCAGUCCCGUAGCCUCCUCGACUCUUUCGUCGAUUCCGCCCUCGCCGAGCUUCACCCAGCCUGCCCACGACCAGCUCCCUUAUACCCCGACCACCCUCAGCACCCUCUCCCUAGACGACGAUGAGUUGAUACUCCCUUCCUACGAUGCAGAAAUUGAGAAGCUACGGGAGUCGAUGGCACCGGAACAGGAGCCAGAUACGGUCAGCGACGCGUCGGCGGAGGGCACAUUACAUAUCCCCGCGUGGUCGUGCCACACCCAGGCCGCAGAUGAUACCUCGGUGGAAGAAGAACCCUCCAGGCAUGUGGAUUAUCUCUCCCAUGAAUGGCGUGAGGAGGAUAUCUGGGCGUCCUGGCGCUAUGUCACUGCUCGGAAGGACUCCUACAGCAAUGGAGUCCGUUUAGAGAACGCUUCGUGGAGGACGUGGGCCAAGGCGAAGAACAACCUGGGGACGAUUUCCCCAGAGACCCUCAAUUGGUUGAAAGAUUGCGAUGUCACAUGGCUCUACGGACCCCUGAAGACGUCGAGCUCUUGUGAUGCCAUCGCAACGGAUGCAUCGCCACCUCCUAGUCGCCUGGAAACCCCAAACUCCUACUUGGAACCAAAACCAAUCCUGAAGAAGAAGACCAUGUCAGAGACCAUCCUCCAACGAUCGCUCUCUCAGCACACUCUGUUGCAACAUGCGGGCGCCAUUCUCAAGGCCCAGGAGGCCGAGAAUAGCUGGACGCGGCCUGCUUUCCCCAGGUCCAACACCGAUCUGGACCAGCUACACCAUCGAACGGGGAGCUCCACCUACUCCCUGGGUGGCACACGCACUACAUCGUCCUGGUCGGGACUAACCUCUCCCAGCGAACGACGUCACAUUCACUUCAAUAAUGAGGUUGUACAAUGUAUCGCUGUGGAGGUCAAGGAGGUUGACGAGGAAGACUGCUGGCCCUCUGCCUUUGAUGAAGAGUCUUCAUCGGACGAGAGCGUGGUCAUGAUGCGACAAAUCCCCGGGCAAGCCUCCGUCAGUAACCGAAGCACACCUCGCAACAGCUUCAGUAGUGACAGCAAAACCAUUGCCCCUCUUCCAUCCACCACCCUCAAAUAUCGCGGUGACACUCCCGAGCCACGGGAAUCUAUUCUCGACCGCUGGUCUACUUUUUCUUCACCACCACCAUCCUCCUCCAAAUUAUCCCCUACCCCUUCCGUGGAGACCCUCCGACCCCCUCGGCCAUCGGCCAAUUUCCUCCUCGACGAUGAGGAUGAAGACCCUUCGCUGGACUUCACUGGCCAUUACACGCAUCGGGACCAGCCGUGGUUUGUUCCUGAGGAUGAAGACGAGCUCACUGACCGUCCUCUCCGACUCACCGCAUCAGGCAUGUUCAUGCCAUAUGCGGAGGGCGAGGGGGAGCCUGCCAGUCCUGGUCUCUUGGGCCGGGUUGUGGACACGGUCAAUACGGCGCGAGACAUCGCUCAUGUCAUUUGGAACGUGGGUUGGCGCCGAUGA